UCGGGAUGGAAAGGUAUUCCACCCCUUAUCAGUGACAAAACGCGGAACAAACACACAGUGUGUAUGGGUGACUCGGGUACAGAGAUGAGAGUGAUAUACAUCCUAGCGAUCGCCAGUUGCUUGCAAAUACGAGGGGAUGACGCGUUACGAAUCCGGAGAUUUGUAGACAAUUCCCAAAACCGACAAACACUGGACGCCACGGCUGUUGGAACGUUCAGCUCCCCCAACUAUGGCAACGCCCUCUACCCGGCAAACACGACCUACACGUGGCUUCUCAUAACCGACCCACGUCAGCACGUGCACCUCCAUUUCAGCAACUUCAGUUUGGAGACCUCGCCUGGCUGUGCGCACGACCAGGUCCGAAUCUACGACGGGCCGUCACAUCUGUCCAGGGUGCUGAAAGUUCUGUGUGGUCACGUGCUCCCCUCUGACGUUGUCUCUACGUCGAGCACCUUGCUGGUUUUGUUCCUGUCCAAUGGAGCGAAUGAGGACACCGGAUUCAGUGUCAUAUUCAGUCCGUACACACCGCCUUUGCCGCCAACCGAGGGGUACAAGGACGACGGUUGUCAUGGCAACACGCAAGUAAUCACUUCAAGCGCCACCUUCCUGUCGUCGCCUGGGUACGACGGUCACAGUUACUAUGACAACAACAUUCAAUGCUCCUGGCUUAUACAGGCGCCGGCGGGAAUGAUUGUGAGACUCAAAUUCCAGGACUUCUUCACGGAGAAGAUCGCAGACUGUUCGUACGACUACCUGGCGGUGUAUAACGGCGGGGACUCAUCGGCGCCCAGGCUCGCCCAAUUCUGCGGCCUGCAGUUCCCGGACGACAUCUUCUCCAGCGGCGACCGCGUUCUGCUCAAGUUUGUAUCCGACCCCGACUUGACCAGAACCGGCUUCAACCUCACCUUCGACUUUGUACCUGCCUCAAACAAGUGCACGAUGUUCCGGUGCGGCGACGGCAGCUGCAUACUAGAGCAAAUGGUGUGUAACCGCCUGGCGGAGUGCCCGGAUCGCACGGACGAAUUGCUCUGUGAUACCAAUAACAGCACGUGUGGAAUGCCGACAGUGUCUCCGUCUGUUGCGUCGCACCGAAUAGUAGGGGGAAGGGAGGCAACUCCGCACAGUCAUCCUUGGAUUGUCUCCUUGCAAAUAAAUAGUUCCCAUAUAUGCGGCGGAGCGAUACUGACUGACCAUUGGGUACUUACUGCAGCGCAUUGCUUUGAAGCGAAUCGCCAUACGCCUGAAUGGACUGUGGUGGCAGGAAAGCAUUCUAAGGACAAGUACGAGCAGAGCGCACAGGUCCGGCAAGUGGAGCGAAUCGCGGUUUAUUCGACAUACGAUUACCUGUCCACGACCGACGACAUAGCACUCGUCAAGGUUACUGCGCCCUUCACAUUUAAUGCUUACGUCGGGACGGUGUGCCUGCCCACACGAGAACCAGUCCCUGGGGAGUACGGCAUCGUGGCGGGGUGGGGAGAGAUCAUGGGGACCUGUUGUCCGGAUGUGCUGAAGCAGACGACACUGCCCAUCGUGGAUCGAGCCACGUGCAACCAGCCGGAUCACCUUGGCAACCAGGUGACACGUGACAUGUUUUGCGCGGGGUACGAAGAGGGAGGACAGGAUGCCUGCCAGGGGGACAGCGGAGGACCCUUUGUAAUCCAAGAUGGCGACCGGUGGCGAAUUGCAGGGAUUACCUCGUUUGGCUCACUGUGUGCAGCGGCGAAGUCCCCAGGAGUGUACACAAACGUGUACGAUUAUCUCGCCUGGAUACGUCAGAAGGUCGCCAUGGACUGACGAUUAACACGCAGUUGCAACCAUGGGUGCCACGUGAUGCUAUGCACCUUAACAUAGCAAUGUAUAAUAACCAAAGCGAUGUGAUAUGUUUAAGCAUGCGAACGUUAUUUUUUCUCUUACGACUUCUGCACGCAAAUAUGUAAAAUCAUCACGACAUUUCGUCAAAUUUAGAGCGUUUGUAUUUGUGCAUGAUAACGUGAUAAAAUUGUAGUUCCAUAAAAUGAAAACACUUUCA